UCCCGGGGAACAAAACAACCGCUGUUCUUCCCUACGCGCUCCCCGCCCGCCCGCCCGAUCGAUCCAUCCGUCGAUCUCAUGCGGGAUUCUUCGCGGGAGAUCGUGGCGCGAUGAUCUGCUGAUCACUGACCGCCGGCACCCAAAUCGACCGACCGCGCAUUGUGAGUCCGGCGGAGGAAGGAGAUGUCUUGCUGCGGAGACGCGGAGGAGGACAGCUACGGGCCGCCGGCGAACCAGGCCGCUCCGCCGCCCAACUUCAAUGCUCCCGGGAACAGAGGCGGGCCAAGAGGUCCAGGCGCGCCGCGGCAGGGCGGGCCGCCCAAGCCGGUGAACAUCGACGUGCCGGCGAUACCUUUCGACGAGCUGAAGAAGAUCACCAGCAACUUCAGCGACCGCGCGCUCAUCGGCGAGGGCUCCUACGGCCGCGUCUACAACGGCACCCUCAGCGACGGCCGCGCCGCCGUCAUCAAGAAGCUCGACCCCGGCGCCUCGCAGGAGACCGACUCCGAGUUCACCGCCCAGAUAGCCAUGGUCUCCAAGCUCAAGAACGAGUACUUCCUGGAGCUGAUGGGCUACUGCUUGGAGGACGGCAACCGCAUGCUGGCUUACCAGUUUGCAACCAUGGGUUCCCUACACAACAUUCUGCAUGGCAAGAAGGGAGUGCAGGGUGCAGAACCCGGCCCGGUUCUAAACUGGGCGCAGCGGGUCAAGAUAGCUUAUGGGGCGGCGAGAGGGCUAGAGUACCUUCACGAGAAAGUUCAGCCAUCGAUCGUUCAUCGAGAUAUUCGGUCCAGCAAUGUUCUUAUAUUCGAUGAGUUCAGCUCGAAGAUCGCCGAUUUUAACCUAACGAACCAGGGCACCGACACCGCUGCUCGGUUGCAUUCAACUAGGGUGUUAGGAACAUUUGGUUACCAUGCUCCAGAAUAUGCCAUGACAGGGCAAAUCAAUCAAAAGAGUGACGUCUACAGCUUUGGUGUGAUUCUUCUGGAGCUACUAACAGGAAGGAAACCAGUAGAUCACACCAUGCCAAAGGGGCAACAAAGUCUUGUUACUUGGGCUACUCCAAGAUUGAGCGAAGACAAAGUUAAGCAGUGCGUCGAUCCAAAGCUCAACAGCGACUACCCUCCAAAGGCUGUUGCUAAGUUAGCAGCAGUGGCAGCAUUGUGCGUUCAGUACGAAGCCGACUUCCGGCCGAACAUGACGAUCGUCGUGAAGGCAAUCCAGCCUCUCCUGAACACAAAACCAGCCGGGCCUGCAGAACCACCACCACCACAACAAAAUGCCUGAUCAAAAAAAUUGUAUGGGCAGUUGUUCUGCUCUAGGCAGAAUGAAAAGGAGAAGAAGAAAAAAAAACACCACAGAUUUACAUGGUUUCGUGUGUUCUUUUGGUGGCAUCACGCAGUGUGUAAUGUUUGAGAAGCCGUGCAAACUUGGAGCAUCAAUCCGGCAUGACUUUUUUCUUGUAAAAAAACACUGAUCCAUUUGGGUACCACAGGAUAAUUACGUACAUAUAGAGGGGGCGUUUUGCUAACUGGUGUAAUGAAUCAAAGCUAUUGUUUGUGAGUUCACGUGUAAUUUUAAGGUCCUUCAAAAGAUUGCAUAGAAACCAAGGAUUGCAGGUUGCAUUCCGAAGAA